AUUCAUAUCAUCAAAUGUAUUUAGUGUGACCCACACUCGCUCCAUAAUGAUAGCUCUUUGAUUUACGCACCAUGUUCUCGCGGCGUUGUGUGUAACGCAUUGCCAGACUGUCUAUAGUGCCUUUAUGCGCAAUUCCUUGUCUGUUACUGUUCUUGUAGUUCCCUCACCUAUACGACGAGACCAAGUGGUGAAACCUACAGCGAACGGCGGGGAUAUGGAGGUUGCAAAAGAGGCGGACCUAACGCGACCCCCACAGUAGAGCUUCAGAAGAUUUUACAAUGCCGACCAUUUCUCAGAGCGCAUUUUGUAGCUGCUGGUUUACGAGGGCGACGGUCCGAAUGUGAGUAAAUACUCCACGAAUGUAGAUACAAUCACCUUCACACGUAAGGAGAAAGAGAUUCAUCAGAGAUCAUCACAUUUAUUCCCACUCAGCAGAGGAAUUAACUCGAAAGCUUCGUGAAAAUAACUUUUGGCUUCGGAAUAGGAGGGUUCAGGAUGCUGCCGUUUUUUUGGAUCGGCAUCAUGUGUCCUGUUACUGUGCUGAAGGUUGGAAAAGCUUCCAAGCGUGUUGCAGAGGAGAAUGAGCAGAUAAGCCUGGCUGCGGUCAGUGGCCCCAGCGUGUGCCGUGAUCAAAGUGGCUGAGGGUUCGAAGAGGAGCUGGACAGGCACGUGGCUGAGAUGAGCUGGUGCUGCCAGGCGCUGUUGGCUGAACCCUGUGCCUGUUCCUGAUACACCACCACAUGGGCAUCUCCUCAUCUACAUGUGCUCGCCCACUGCCCCCCACUUGUCCCGUGCCUGCCCUGUUUUAUGUCCAACUGAAACAAGAAGAGAUAGGAAGUAUUCAAGAUAUUGAGUGACGUUAAAGGAUUGACUUCAUUGAACACAUACAAGCCAAAAAGAAUUACAACUUGGAUGAUGGAACCUGCUCAGUCAGAGAUGAACAUCUUAUCCAACGGGAAAAGUCAUGACCUCGGAGAUGACGUGGGUGUGCCGAUGAAGAUGUUGCUAGAGGAGGAUCAAAAUGGCACUCAAACAGUCAGAUUUGAUGAUCCUGAUGGAGGACUGGAGAAUGAGGAAUUUUUGCCCACUGCAGAUGGAAAGAAACCUACACGAUUCACAGAUUUUGAAGGAAAGACCUCUUUUGGCAUGUCUGUCUUCAACCUUGGUAAUGCUAUUAUGGGCAGUGGAAUCCUGGGGUUGGCCUAUGCCAUGGCCAACACUGGCAUACUCCUCUUCUUGUUUCUUCUGACUGCAGUAGCAGCCUUGUCAUCUUACUCCAUUCAUCUGCUGCUCAAAUCCUCUGGCAUUGUGGGAAUUCGAGCUUAUGAACAGCUGGGGUACAAGGCCUUUGGUACUCCUGGAAAAAUGGCUGCUGGUAUAGCAAUCACCCUGCAGAAUAUUGGAGCUAUGUCCAGCUACCUGUACAUUGUUAAAUCAGAGUUACCACUGGUCAUCCAAGCUUUCCUGAAGGAAGAUCCCAACUCUGAUCUGUGGUACUUGAAUGGAAACUACCUGGUCAUCAUGGUCUCUGCCAGUAUCAUCCUGCCCCUAGCUUUAAUGAAACAGCUCGGUUACCUUGGCUAUACCAGCGGAUUUUCUCUCAGCUGUAUGGUGUUUUUUCUCAGCGCUGUUAUCUAUAAGAAGUUUCAGAUUACUUGCCCAUUCGAGGAGUUCUCAGCCAACAGUACAGCUGCCCACCUCAGCAUGAAUGUCUCAAGCCACGGCCAAGAGUAUAACAAUGGUUUGGUUCAUGAGGACGAUGACUCCCAAUGCUCCCCACGCAUGUUCACCAUCAACUCACAGACAGCAUACACCAUUCCCAUCUUGGCUUUCGCAUUUGUUUGCCACCCUGAGGUCCUCCCCAUCUACACUGAGCUCCGCAAUCCAACAAAGAAGAGGAUGCAGAAGGUGUCCAACAUCUCCAUCUUUGUCAUGUACAGCAUGUACUUUCUUGCAGCUCUCUUUGGUUACCUGACCUUUAAAGGCAAUGUGGAGCCUGAACUGCUGCACACUUAUAGCCGGAUUGACCCUUACGACACUCUGAUCCUGUGUGUGCGAGUAGCUGUCCUCACAGCUGUAACACUGACCGUCCCUAUUGUGUUGUUCCCUGUACGUAGAGCCAUCCAGCAGAUGCUAUUCCCCACCAAGUCUUUCAACUGGUUGCGUCACAUUGCCAUUGCUCUCAUUCUGCUCACCUUCAUCAACAUGCUGGUGAUAUUCGCUCCUAACAUUCUGGGCAUCUUCGGCAUCAUUGGUGCCACGUCGGCUCCCUGCCUCAUUUUCAUCUUCCCUGCUGUCUUUUACAUCCGCAUCGUUCCCAAAGACGACGAACCCAUGAACUCUACACCUAAGAUACUGGCUGCCUGUUUUGCUGCGUUGGGUGUCUCCUUCAUGGUAAUGAGUCUGAGCUUCAUAUUCAUCGACUGGACAACAGGGGGUGGCCAUGCUGCCGGAGGCCACUAGACACUGCUUCAGUGUGUGUGAGCUUUGGAAAGGGGGAAGAGAACUUGUCAAUAUAAAGGGAGCCCUUUCACCUCAGUGGGAACACACUACAGGGCUGCCCAGCACAGAGCCUGGGGUUUUGUUAACAGUACAAAAUAUACAGUAUAGUAUGUUGGUUGGAAUCACACUGGUAUUGAUCAAGUUAAAUUAAAUGACUGUAACUUAACACAUAUCUGAACAAAAUCCUUUCAUAAUGAUGUUCUAUAAUUCAUUUUAACGUAGUGCAAUGUUAAUGCAAUUUUUAUGAAUAAUCAGGACUGAACAGGGUCUUUUUUUAUUACCAUCUGUUAGUGCAACUAAGUCCAUCCAUGAUGGACUUUUUUUCUUGUUGCUUCCUCUUUAUUUACACACAAACAACUGCAGCUUGCACUGUACAGAAAAAGAAAGCGUGAUUGUCUGUUAGGCUGAAGACAGGAAGGCAUCAAGAUAAACACGUUAAAUGGUCAAAUAACUCAGAAGUUAUUUUUACACAAAUAGUUAUAUUCCAUGAGAUGCACAAAAGAGGACAGUCAGAUGAUCUCACCCAGAUCCAGCAGCACUCUCAACUCUUCAUCAUGGUGCAAUAUAAGACAAAAAAGGAAGUUAAAGCCUCAGAGUGCAGGUGACAUUUCAUUUCAAGAUCUGUCAGAGUUGUUAUGUCGUGUAUCAUACAGUCUAAGCUUUUGUUCCAGAUCAGCUAACUUUCUUCAGAAACCCUGGUGCCUUUUAGCAUUUGGAACAGCACACAAACUUACAGUAAAAACAGGAGUGUAGGGCUGCACGAUAUGGUAAAGAAAAUCAUAUUGUGAUUAUUUUUACAGAUAUUGCGAUUGCGAUAUGAUUCGCAAUUAGUGGGAAUGAUCUUUUUGCAUCACAAUUUUCAUUUUCACAGAAAAAAACUAUUAAAAUCAUGAUCAUGAUUUGACAUUUGUUGUUUCUUACUUCUGGAGAACAAGAUUUGUAGGCCAGGACAUCUCUGCAGCACUACACUACUUCAUAAUAAUGCUGUUUUGUCCCACAUUUUACCUUAAUCAAAAAACUACAGCUUCUGCAAUUUGGAUAUUGCACUUAUUGCGUUUUCGAUAACAUUUCGAUUAAUUGUGCAGCCCUACAGGAGUGUAUAUUUAUUCAGCUACUACAGUAUAUCUGUGUCAUAAUUUCAAAUGGACUAUAUUUAACUACUGUAUAUGAUGAAGAUAAUGAUUCAAAUACAUUAUGUAUGAUAUCAGUUUUUUGUUUUAGCGUACAGAAUAUAGAUGGUGGAAGGUGUUACGAUUGAUAAUAUUUUAAAUGCUUCAUAAAUACAAAAAGCUUUAUUUUAGGAUUUAAUACCUCUUACUUUUAGCACAUAUAUGCCAAGCUGUGACCUUCAAUAUAUACCAAGUACAGUUCAAGUUUACCCCAACAGUUCACCUUUGAAUCUAGCUCAUUAGUUUCUUAAAUUCUUGAUAUCCCCUUUAAACUUCUCAUUAAGUUUUUAUAAAUUCAGAAAUCACUUUUUCCACACUGUAUGUUAUCACAUAUUCUGUAUUCUGAACAUGUUUUAUGAUGCCCACAUUGAGUGAAAAGUCAAACCCAAGAUGCCAUGUUUUUCAAGGCUGCUCUGGAAACUCAAAUGAAAGGAAUAGUUUGACAUUUUGGGAAAUACCCUUGUUCAAUUUCUUGCUGAGCUUUAGAGGAGAAAAUUGAUACCACUUUCAGAUGUGUGUGUAAUGUACAACUACAGCCAGGAGGUGGUUAGAAUAAAGACUGGAAGCAGGGGGAAACAGCUAGCUGGGCUCUGUCCAAGGUUAAAAAAAAAAAUCAGCCUACCAGCACCUCUAAAGCUCCCUAAUAAACACUUUAUAUCUGGUUUAUUUAACCUGUUGUCUCACAACCAGCAGAGACUCCACUUUCCUCUAGUAAGUGAGAAAAUGUGGUAUCUAGCCAUGCAGGUAGUUUUGGUUGCCCAGGUUCUGAGAUACUCUAUAUACAAAAUUAUGUGUACACCUAAGCAAUGUACAUAUCUUAAAACCUAUGUAAAUGAAACCAAACACUAUCUUGGCUAGACACCUAGCUACACUAAGGGUAAGUUAGGUUUAUUUUUUUAAUAAUUUGGGUGAACCCACCCAAGCUCUGUGGGUUUGAACAAUGCCUGGCCAAACAGCAUGAAUUUGUAAAGAUGAACCCGCUGGUGGGUCUGGCAGAGUUUAACAAGUUAAUUUUAUUAAUUUGAAGAUGUAUUAUGCUUUUUUGAUUCUGUCGUAACAUCUUUGCUGUACUGGUUUGUAGUAUUUUGAUCUGCUUUCCCCCUUGUUGACUAUUUAGACUUGAGGUUAAUGUUUUGCAUGCUGUUAUGUCCAGUCUGUCCUGUAGUUGGUGUAGUGAACUGCACAGUAACAGAUUUUCCUGCUGACACUUGUCAUACAUAGAUGUUAUUGUAAAACUGUACUUGGCAUCUUAAAGUGAAGUGUAGUGAAGUCUCAUUCUGUGCUAUAGGUAUUAUGUUAUAUUAGUAUUAUGAAGCCCUUCUUAAAAGAUGCUACAUGAAAUAAUGUUUCAAACAUUACUGUUGUGAUGUCCUGUCAGUGGAGACACAAUCAUUUUGAGUUUAAUUUAGGGAUGCUGAUGGAUCAGUAAUUCUUCAGGUGACUUUUGCAUCCCCCAAUAGCACUGACAACCUGCAUAUAAAUAAAAUUUUUACAGAAUACAGGAGCAUUUCAUUAUAUAGAUUCCAAAUUAACACGUUUAAAAACAGCACACUUUAAACCUGGAAAAAAACUCAGAGAAAUAUUAUAACAUAUACAUGCUGCUCUUACCCAAAGAUGGUUUUAUACCGUAUCACAACUCUCAGGCUUCGGAAAAGUCCUGUGUAAAUCAACACUUCUGUAAUUUUAUUUAUAUAUUUCUCUGUUUUGUGUUUGUUUUAGCAGUUUUUAUCCCUGAUUUUUACAGAUAAAUUAUGAACAACAGCAGAGGAAAUAUUUUGAGAACGUAUCAACCACCGUCCUUUGCUUUCCACAUGCAUUUGCAGUGGUUGUUGUGGUGUAAAUGAAAGUUGUUGUUUUUUUUUCAUAUUUAGUGAACAGAGUUUUUCUUCACUUUAAGGGAUCAUGCCAAAAUAACAACUGACUACCUACUGCUUUGAAGUACCUUUAGCUUUUAAAAAGUUUUAAUACCAGUAUAUCAAAUAUGCAUUUUUCAUGUAGCCUACCUAAACAAAUCUAUGUGAUAUUUUAUUAUAGCUGUUGUUCAAGAUGUAAAUCUAUGGAAAUGACACGAAUAUAAAAUAACAAUAAGGUAUAUGAAUUUUGGAAAUUUUAUGAAGACGUGGCUUUAUAUAAAUAAUGUAUAUAAAUGUAAACCUUUUAUAUUUGAUGCAUAUUUACAGUAGCUUGUAAAGUGUAAAUAGCAGGGACAGUUUUAGUUUGGCAAUAAAAUAAUUGUAGAUGUUUUUA